UUUCAAUGUUACAACAGGCCACGCUAUGUAAAUGAAAGUUCGGGAAGACGAAUAGUGGAUAUACAUUACGUUUUUAGUCAAAUUAAAAAUAGUGUUCAUCAAGGGUCAUUUGGUUGUUCAUUUUUGAAUAUGACAUUUAUUUCUGAAAAAAGGCACGGAUUUAGAUCAACAUUUAGGUUUCAGUGUGAUAUGUGUAACAUUGUUAUGUUUAUUAACUCAGAAAAGUCGAAACCUGAAACCUUUUUGCCGAUAAACGAUGCCGCCGUAAACGGAUCAUUAGCAGCUGGAAUUGGUUUUACACAAUUAUCUGAAUUAUGUGCGGUUAUGGAUAUCCCUUGUAUGUCUUCGUCUACUUUUCUCUCAGUACAAGAGUUUAUUGCUAAAAAAAUCCAUGAAGUCGCUGAGGCGCAAAUGAAAAUUGCUGGUGACGAAGAACGUCGUUUAGCAAUAGAAGCUGGAUCAGUAGAUAUUGACGGAAUUCCCAUGUGUACGGUUGUCGCAGAUGGACAAUGGUCUAAGCGCAGUUACAAGACUAAAUAUGAUGCAUUAUCCGGAGUAGCAACAAUAAUUGGUUAUAGAUCGAAAAAAAUUUUGUUUGUGGGCAUUAAAAAUCGGUUUUGUGUAAUUUGUCAGAGAGCGAAAAAUAAAAAAUUACAUCCGUCUGAACAUACAUGUUUUUUAAAUUGGAAAAAAGGUGCUACAAGUAUGGAAGCUGAUGGUAUUGCUGAUGGUUUUAAACGGAGUUUAGAAAUGCAUGGUCUAAAAUACAAUAAAAUAAUAGGAGACGGAGACUCGAGCGUUACAAAAAGACUAGCUGACAUAAUGCCUUAUGGCCCUAGACUACGAGUAAUAAAAAUAGAAUGUCGCAACCAUUUAUUGCGAAACUAUGGAACAAAAUUUAGGGCUAUGACGUUAAAUACAAAGUACCAGCUACAAAGAACCUACACAUGCACAUCAUAAGAACAACAUGUU